GCUUGCAAACGCAGAAAAGUUCGUUGUCGAUUUAGUGUUGCGAUUUUUUCCAAUUAUGGCGAACUUCUUGUACGCCCAAACUACCCCGCUGUUUUUGCUUUCCCGGCUUGGGUCCUUGAAUCCACAUUUCGACAUGUCGAGGUAUUUGGAAAAGUUUGGUAGAUUGGAGACGAACUUGGAUAGAGUCAAUUUCGUCUAUAAAGAUUUACGCAAGUUUAAACUUUUCCCCAAGUCUGUGAAAUGUGGUAAAAGUGAUGCGGAGUCGCAGGGGCUUAGGGAGCGCGGAAAUGAAGCUUUUGGAGAAGGUGGAUACAGAUUGGCCCUGGAGCGCUACACUGCGAGUCUGGCGGCAGCCAAAGGCCCGGGUUUCUUGGCUUUGGCUUUUGCUAACAGGUCUGCGUGUUUGUACAAGCUGGGGAGGUUCCAGGAGUGUUUGACUGAUAUUGAACGAGCCUUUGCAAACAACUAUCCAGAAAGAUUAAAACCCAAACUCAUCGAAAGACGCAAAAACGCAGAAAAACUGUUAGCGUCAUCAAAACCUCCGCAACCCUACCACGAAGACACCCCAGAAUUUGCCGAAUUUGAAAAACAUCCAAAGAUACAAUGUGCCAAAAACUGCGUCGAGAUCAAAAGAAACGACGAAUUUGGCAGACACGUUGUAGCGACUAGAGACAUCACAAUUGGGGAAAUCCUGUGUGUCGAAAAUCCAUACGCUAUCAUUUUAACCGACGAUCCUCUUAUACACUGCGCCAUGUGUCUGGAGUUGUGCUACAACACCAUACCUUGCGACAACUGCCUCUUCCUCCUUUUUUGCUCCGAAGAGUGCAAAAAUAAAGCCAAUAGCACAUUCCACAAAUACGAAUGCCCAAUUUUAGCAAGUCUUGUCGACUGCGGAAUUCGAGAUACUGAACUGGUUGCUUUAAGGGUAGCAAUUUCGGCAAGAGGAGAUUACGAGAGCUUGAGUUCUCCCAACCCGAACGUGGAUGAAGAAGAAGUGUAUUGUUCAAACAGAUACAAAGAAAUACAUAACUUAAUGCCAGCUACAGACAAACAAGACGUUAAUGAUUUAUUCGAACAGGCUGUGACAGCUGCUUUAAUGUACCACUUUUUGCGCGGCCUUACUGAUUUUUUUAAUAAUGACGACAUGAAGCGAGUCUUCAAAGAGGUCGUUCUUCUACAAAUACAGAUUGUGGAUUUAAAUCAAAGAGGACUUGAUGAAAAGAGAAAAUUGUGUGAUUCCGAGACAGAAAAUUUUGCGAUCGGUAUAUAUGCUUUUACUAGUCUUUUCAACCAUUCUUGCUGCCCUAACGUCGAACAGACAAUGUAUGGGUCUGCAAUGGUUCUAAGAAGUGUGAACACCAUCAAAAAGGACCAGCAAUGCUUUAUAUCAUAUGGUCUCACCUAUGGUCAUACACCGAGAGUACUUAGACAGAAGGUCCUUAAAGAAUGCUAUUUUUUUGACUGUAGGUGUAUGGCAUGCAGGAAAAAUUGGCAUCCUUCAGAUGAUUUAAUCCCCUUUAAGUAUCCAUUGUAUAUGGAUUUAAAGAUGACUGCGACUGAAGCGAUGAUCAUGGAGAUGGAAUUGAAUUGCCAUGAUGUGAGUGCUGCAAAGAAGUACUUACCGCACUUGAUCCGACAACUUCAAAGGUGCGAGGAUUUUGAGCCUUGGGGUAACGCUUUGAAUUUAAAACGAUUGAUUGUCAAGUGUUACUAUAUUCUUGGGAACAAGAAAGUUUUUUAAAUUCUAUUUUAUGCUUAUGUUACGUUGAUUAUGAUUUAAUCAUUAUUAUGAUUUAGUCACUUGUAGUAUGUCUUAAAUUGUAUUCGUUUUUGUUAGU